AGGACAUGGACAUCUUUUGCCACAGCGUGUGCAAAGGGGGAUGCCUGCUGGUGGUAUCGUGCCUCACUGCAGAGAUGAUCAAGGUGCAGGAAUGGUGCCACCUCUUCAGGACCCUCCUUCAGCAGUGCCACGGCAGCCCCAGGGCAGCAACUACAACAUGAUGCUUAAGAAUCAGCUAAUAAACAAACAGCUUCAACAACAAGAAAAGCAAAGGCAUAUGGAGCAAAUGAAUGGAGGGCAUAUCACAGACUGCCAACAGGCGGCACCAUUUCAAGGUCCAGGUCGACCACUCCCUCCAGAGUGUAGUGGAUAUCCUCUGGGAGCUUCUCAACAACCGAAUUCCUCCAUGCUGUCCCAUAGCGGCCCUUUACCCUCAAAUCGAAUGGGUCUUUCCUCCAGCUCACUCUCCCAGAUGGGCCCGUCGGUUGGAGGAUACAUGUGCAGCAAAGGUUCCAAACAACCCCUCUGCCACCCGUCGCAAGACUUUGGAAUGGCGAUGCAGCCUGGCCAGAGCAUGAUGGGAAUGGGUGGCCCUCCACGUCAACCGCUACACCCGGCUCACGCUGUGACGCGACCAGGAAUGCCAUGUCCAAACCUACCAGGCGGUCCUGUGCCGACCCACCACCUGCAGCAGGUGCUGCACCAAGGCGGAGCUCUUCAGUCACAUAUGAUGUUCCCAUCUCAGCAGCAGCAGCCCACCUCACAGUCCCAGCUCUGGCAGCACCAACAAGGGGUGCAACCACAUAUGGACCCUGGGAACCACCAACAUCCCUUUCCCGCCGGAGGAGCCCUACCUGGAUGCCGAGGUCCUCAGUUUCCACAGCGAUCCGGCAUGGCAGGUAUGCCAGCCAACUUCCCUGGUUCCCGUCCUCCUGCAAAUCAAGUAGCCCCUGGUUUGGUUAGCAGACAGGACCAGAAGAUGCCCACCACCCAGCCACUAUCCUCCAUGUCCCAACAGAACUUCAGAAUGCGAGGUCCUCUUUCCGCUCUAGCUGUUAUGAAACCAGGAGGACCGUCCAUGAUGCACCCUGCCCAUGGGAUGGCGCCUCCUAGUUACCAGACUGCUUCCGCAGGGAAACACUGUUCACCGCAGUGCUACAACCCCGGAGAUAAACUGCCUUCCUAUGACUACACACCACAGCAUCAGAGCAAUAGGGAGAUGGCAACGAGGCUACAAGGACCUGGAGGGGGAGGUGGUCGCGGUGCGGAAGUGGACUUCAUAGACACUCUGGUGGGCAACAACGAAGACUGGCUGAACAAUCUCACCAUGAUUGAUGAAUACCUUGAGCAAAACUCAUAGGGACUGAUCAAGAGCGUCCUAGGUUUGAAAAUCACUACACACAGUGCCAGAAUGGGGCCGUGGGGUCAUCGCUCUGUAAAGGCGCGUUCACACCAAGAGCGCUAACUAUAACAAGAACUAUAUUAGUGUCCACACCAACGGACGAUAAUAUUCUGUUCCUUAUAAGCUUGCAGCUACAUUGUCUGCUUUUGUAAGACUCUGACUUUUCUGAACUUUUCUGGAAAGUUCGCUUUGGCAAGCUGUUUCGAACUCCAAACAAACUUUGUUUUGGCCUAAUUUUGUUCUAAAUAACGAAGUAUAUUAGGUCCUUUAAAUACGUAAGCUCUUUAAACUUGUGUGGUAUCUGAUUGGCUUAAAAAAAACUUUUUAGUUUAUCAUUAUAGUUAUCAUCUUUGGUGUGAACGAACCUUAAAGUCUUAAAGCGUUUUUUUCUCAUGGCUAGCAUUAGUGAGAAUGUAUCAGUGGAAAUGAGGCACUGCUAAACCUCCUGAAAUGGCUUUGGCCGUCAUUAAACUGGCUUAUAUUAUAAGAUGCCCUUUCCUUUUCUCUAUGGUUGCUCUUCCAGUGCUCUCUGCGCUGUUUUAGGAUAAUAUUGUAAUUAUUGUCAAAUGUAUUAUGGAGUGAAACACUGAUUGAUGAAAACAUGGGCUUUGCUCAGCAGUGUAAAGAAAGUUCUCAUUCGGUUAAAGGGGUAGUUCACCCAAAAAUGACAAUUCUGUCAUCGUUUACUUACCCCCAUGUCGUUCUAAACAUGUAUGACAGAAGACAUUUUGAAGAACAAUUUUUGUCUGUACAAUGAGAGUUAAUGGGGUUUAAAACAACACUGACUUUCAUUGUAUGCACAAAAACACUUUUUCUUACCUGCUUUGCAUGGGGUGAGUAGAUGACAGAAUUGUCAUUUUUGGGUGAACUGUCCCUUUAAUGCAAUGUGAUAACAGUAUUGUUGGCAGUCUCAUGCCAGACCAGGCUCAUAUGUGCAGCUUUUCAUUCUUGCUAUUUGAAAAGCGUAUGAAAUAAUUUCUGUGAUGAACUAUUUGAGGGUAUUUCAAAAGGGGCUUGUCCUGUACAUAAAGGAUUUUGUAAAAUAUGGUUUCUUAAACUGUAACAUACAAAAGAGAAGUACACAUAUUUAUGCUUCUUUUCUGCUGAUGAAUUCUUCAGAAUUUCUGUGUAAAUAAUUAUUAAAAGAAUAAAUAAAACAAAAAUGCAAUGAUGUAAAGAAAUGAGUGUCACAUUGAAAUUGCAAAUUAAAUAUUUUACACAAAGCAACUCUAUUGUAAUUUGUAUUAUGCAAGACAGUAUGGUUAGUUUUGGAGUAAUACUGUGUAUUACAAAGGUGAAAAAUGUGUUAUGUUUUUGACAUAACUGGACUUCUGGUACUCCAGUCUGGCUUAAGAAGUUUUUUUUGUUGUUUUUUACGUUUUUAAAUUGUGAGUACAAUGUUU